UACCAGAAAUGUAAAAAAAAAAAAGUAGAUUGCCGGGAUAUUGUAUAGAAUUUGCGGGCGUCACGUAGCCGCUAUUAAAAUGCGGGAGACUCACGGAACUUCCGGGAAACUUCCAGUGUCAACAUAGUGACAGUGUUUGAAUAACUUACAACGACCAUGGAGUUACUCUGCGUUCGUCUCAUAACCAGGAGAAAUCCUAUUAUUUCUCUACCUACAUACGUGAAACGGCGCUUCCGGGGUCUCUACCGACAGACCGAACUUACUGUCAAGAGUCCUCUCUUGUCAUCAAUAGAACUAUCCGGUAAAAGCUGCAGGACAACAGACAGCGUCCGUGACCUUGUCUGCCAGCUACCGCGGUGCCAGCCUCGUCCGUCGCUCCUUAUCAGUACAAGGACGGGUCUUUUACCAGCGAAGAACCCCUUAACUACUCUACCGACCCACGGUAGUGUCUCUCUGCCACGGCACUUCCAUACCUCUAGCCCCCUCCGCGCUAUCCCAGCACCGCUCUUAUGGCUGAUCCUCAAACCGCUGCAGAAGAUCCUGGCUAUAAUAGUGGGGAGGAACAUCAGGAAGUGGUGGGCGGAUCUCCCGCCCAAUCGGAGGCAGCUCUUCUGGGAGGGGGUGUGGCGGCGCCGCUGGCAGCUGGUAGCCGGGACGACGGUUGCCGUGGCAAUCCUGGCUGUCAUCCUCCUGACCCACCUGGAUGAGUCGCCGGUGACAGGACGGACACGUAUCCUGAUGGUGACCCGGGAGGACUACAUGGAGCUGGCAGCCAUCACGGCUGACGGGUACAUGGAGCAGUACAGAGAUGUGCUGGUCCCGGAGCAGGACUCCCGUCACCAGGCGGUGCAGAUGAUGGUCCAGCACCUGGCCCUCAGGAACAGAGACAUCUCCCAGAUGUCCUCUGUGUCCUGGAGGGUCCACGUGGUGGACGACCCCGCCGUCAACGCCUUCGUGCUGCCGAACGGAGAGGUGUUCAUGUUUACAGGGAUGCUGGAGGCGAUAUCAGACGUGCACCAGCUCGCCAUCAUCCUGGGACACGAGAUGGCACACGCCCUAAUAGAACAUGCUGCAGAGGAGGCCAGUGUGUCCCAUAUUUUGGACUUCCUGUUUGUCCUCCUGCUGACGGCCAUCUGGGCCGUGUGUCCCAGAGACAGCCUGGCAGUGCUGGGCCAGUGGAUACAGGAUCAGCUGAAGAAGAUCCUGUUUAGUCGUCCGUACAGCAGGAAGUUGGAGACCGAGGCAGAUGAGGUUGGACUGCAUCUGGCUGCCAAGGCGUGUGCAGAUGUGCGUGCAGGGCCGGUGCUCUGGCAGCAGAUGGAGCUGCGAGGAGGAGCAGCCGUCCCAGAGUGGCUCUCCACACACCCCUCACACAGCAGCCGAGCCACACACAUCAACAGCCUGGUCCCGCAGUGGGAGGACUGA